AUGACGAGCACACAAGAGAACAAUGGCUGGUUGCGCCAGAUGUUUGGCAACACUGGCUACCAGGAGCUACCAACGACUACCGUCAAGGACCAUGCCGAGUCAAACACACAGAUUAUCCCCAAGCGAUUUCUCCGACUCUCGACAAGAGGCUUUUGUCUUCUCGUCGCGGCUAUUAUUUUUGUCCCCACGCUUUUAGCUCUUGCGGCACUUGAGGGCCGACAAUAUCUUUCUGAUGGAACAGCUGAUGUGUUCGACAUGUCCGGAACUGUAGAGCCUGUUACAGAAGCCGGCAAAGGUGUUGCUACCAUACCUGGAAGCAUCCCAGUGAUGGCCAACCCUCCCGCAGUAUCAACGCAGAAUGUCCUCAACCGCAGGCUCGUCAUUCUUCUCCCUGCAAACUCCCCUGGCGCCAACCUGUGCAAAGUCAUGAUGACAGCCAUUGCACUUGGCUAUCCCACACCCAUCAUUAUCAACUGGGGAAAGAGUGGUUCUCAUCUUGCCAAGAUCGGCGGUAUCCUCGACUACCUCGACUGGAGCGCGAAAGAGGGCCCCAAAAGCGGUAACCACCUGGAGGAAGAUGACCUUGUCAUGGUUGCCGACAGUGCAGAUUCGUGGUUCCAGCUCCCUCCCAGUGUGCUGCUUCACCGUUACCAUCAGACCAACGCCGAGGCCAACGAGCGACUCCAGAAACAGUGGACAGGCAAAUCCGAGAUGCCCAUGAAGCAGACCAUCAUUGUGUCCGCACAGAAGAGGUGCUGGCCCCAACUCAAGGCUGGCUCCAACCUGCACUGCAGUGAGCUUCCAGAGAGCCCUCUUCGCAAAGAUAUGUACGGACCCGAGACAGACAAUGAUCCUGAUGGGCGCUACGUGAACUUCCGGGUCAGGUACAUCAACAGUGGUGCCUUCAUUGGACCCGUCGGCGACAUGCGACGAUACUUCCGUCGUGCCCAAGAGCUUUACGUGGCUAGCAAGGCCAUUCAGACCACCAACUUCUACAGCGACCAAGGAUUCUUUGGUGAGAUCUGGGCAGAGCAGGAGAUGUGGCGCACAUGGCGACGAGAGAUUGGCGAUUCCAUUGAUCCCCAGAACAACGUUUCCACUAUGGUCCGCGACCGGCUCGAGUUCCAUGUUGGUCUCGACUACAACCAAACCAUCUCUAUCCCCACUGUUUUCGAGGAAGAUGAUGGUGACCUUGUGACUCUCAACAACCAGACUUCCAUAGCUGAGCGUUCCAGAAAGCUUCAGAUCGAACCUGUUCGCCUGACCAAUCUCCCCAGUGAGAUCCUCAACGCUACAAAUCCUCUCGAGCGUAUCUUGACCCCAUCAGAGAAACGCACCCUCAACUGGGGCGACAUGACUCUGUACGCCGACUUCUUCACCACCGCCAUCCCUGUCAACGUUCAUCACAACGCCCACAUCCACAACCUCAAGCAACGGCUAGUUUGGUGGUGGCCCCGCAUGUGGUUCUUCCCCCACCUGCGUGAACUUGUCACAGCCCAGCUCAAGGAGCCUAGACAAUCACCUCUCGGUCGGGUAGAGACCCUCGAGGGCAGGGCUGUGUACUGGGGCCUUGCGGCGUACAAGGAGAUCAGACGGUUCAUGCCUAAGCAGAAGGCAUUGGUUAAAACAGAUUUCGAAAGCAUAUGCCAGUCGAAUUGGGCCAAGAAGAAGAAGCGGAACUGGUGGGAUGUGGUGUUUAUGGAUGGGGAGGGAACAUUCAAACUUUAA